CUCUAGCUGAUUGCAGGUAAAAAAAAAUUUAUCAUAAUUUUAGAACUCUGCAUGGUGUAAAGAUUUACUCGAGAAAUGAAUGAAAUUCGCGCAAUUUUGUUGACAUUAUUUACGUUGCUGAGGAGCAUAGCAAAUGAAGAAAUAAUUUUAGAUAAGCCACAUAAUGUUACUGCAGGAAUUAAUGAAGACUACAGGUUUGAAUGUUCAGUUCCUCUAGAAAGUAACUUCACUGUUUUCUGGUAUAGUCUUAUCAAUUUGCAAUUCAUGGACAAGACUGAAUUGAUCGCAAAUCAUACCGCAGUACAGAUUCGACAAAAUAGUGCUGGAGAAUCGUUCGUUUUAUACGAUAUCUCUCGCAGCGAUGAAGGUUGGUAUUCGUGCUUUGUUGAAGAUGACAAAGGAAAUCGAGGAAACACGAGUAUAUACCUUACUGUAAUCGAUGUUGCAAGUACUCCGGAGCCUAAAGAAGCAGAUUGGAAAAAUAAAAGAAUUCAAAACACUAGACAUAGACUUCGUGCGCCAUACUUGAUUGAAUCACGUAAAUUCCCCCGCGUCGUUGUUAAACCUACUCAAAAUUAUUUAGAAUUGAAAUGCCCUGCAGCAGGUAAUCCGUAUCCAAAUAUUACUUGGCUCAAAGAUGGUUCCCCAGUGUCCGCAAGUGCUGAUCUUUUCAAGUAUGAUUCAGAUAAAUGGUCAAUAGAGAAGGAAAAUUCUACCAGUUACGAUUCGGGAAAAUACACGUGUAUUGUAUGCAACAAAAUAGGUUGUGCGAAUCAUACGUUUGAUGUUCAUGUAAUAGGCUAUGCUGAGAUGGAAAAUUUCUACUAAAAUUUCUGGAAAAAAUGUAGAAAUAUUGUCAAUUGUUACAAAAAUUGGACAGCAAUGAACACAUUAUAACGAAACUGCCUAAAAAUAUCAGAAAAUUGUGUUGAUUGAUAAAAUCAAAUCAAACAUGGUAAAAAAGACAAAAAAUUGACGAGGCGAGGCAAAAUUUAAAAAAAAAGAAAACAUCAAAAAAUUACUCUAUAAUUGACCAUUAAAGUCAACAAUUCCAAUUUUAAAAAGUUUUGUGAGACUUAACACUUGUGAGAAAUUUCAGUACCAAUUUUUUAAAAAUAUGUCCAUUAAACUCGUGCCUUCAGUAGUUUUAAAAGAGACCAUGUCAUGAAAGAACUUUUUUUGUUUGUCUCCGAAACCAAGGGUAUGGUUGAGAAUUAUGAUGAUCUGAAUUUUGGAAAUUUCCAACUUACCUUUGGCACAUAAAUAAUAAUUUCAAGGAAUGAUUUUUUUUCAAAUCCUAUAAAAUUUUCCAACGUUGGAAUUUUGUGGGCUUUGAAAGUACCUAGCUUAAUUAUAGGAGCAGUGUAAUUAUUCUAAACGAGCAAAAAAAAGUCCUUCUAAAAAAUUUCCCAUUUUCUAAAUUGAAGAAGCCGGAAUAAAUUAGAAACUUCCUUUGCCAAUAUUACUGCCUUCAAUUUUAGAAAUAGAUUAUAUUUAUUGUAAGAAAACGUGUAUUUUUUGUGUCCCAUUAAAAAAGUAGUUCCCAAAAAAUUGUUCAGAAAUUCAUUUUUUUUUUCAAAAAUUCAGACGAGUUUUUAAAAAUAGUAUAACUUUUUUGAAAAAAUUCGUACACACCUCAUGAAACGAAGCAGUAAAUUAAUGACAAAUUCGCCACACAAACAGCAGACAUUUAUUGUGAAAUAUAAAUUUCUCUCAUUCUGUACAGGAAUGCAGAGUCAUUUUGUCCAAAACAAUUUGGGAUGGGGGCUAGAUGAAAAAAACUCUAUUUUUUCGAAAAUGUUCUGUCUUUGAGGACUGAUACAUACAAUAUGAUACAUCUUCCUUCCAGGGAUAUCUUCAAAUUAUUCAUCGGAUCUGAAAUUUUUUCUGCGUGAUUUUCACUCAAAUUAAUUGAGUUGUUCAGUGAAUCAUAUUGCAUUAUUUUAAUAAUUAUUAUUACAAACAUAUUUUGUACUUAGGAACUUGUGAUUAAAGUAAUGGUUUUUCAACGGAAAUUUUAUACUUGGUGGAUCAAGAAAAAAAUAAAUCAUCAGAUAUCUGCGUAAUAGGGCAUUUCGCUAAUAAAAUUAUUUAUACAUUAA